AUGGAGCGACCUUCGACUUCAGAAAACUUCUCCAAGAUUGCCUGUCGCCUUCUUCUGGGUAGUAGCGGUUUUAAUCAGAACGAAAAUGCGAGCAAAUCUCGUCCACCCUCUGACGAUAGGACAGCCCGCGGCGUGUUAACGAGCAAUACCAGCGAGAAUAUAAUGAGAGAUUCCGGUAACGAAGAAAACGAAUAUGAACUUAUAGUGGAGGAAGAAAGUCCGGAAGAGAGAAUGGGGCAAGUGAUAAGAAGAUUGAAGCUGAGUAUGAUCGAAGAACUUUUGUCCGACCCUAUCUACUCAACGGAACCGGAGAGAAGAACACCCCUAUCCAGCAGAGAGAUAGCUAUAAUUGGAAGAGUGAGGGCCUUCUGUGAGGAAAUCAAGAGAAGACUGGGAGAAGACGCUGCCAACACAGUUUUCCACAAACCCGCAGAGCUGGCUGCCACGAUCUGUGGAGUCGCCCGUUCAACUGUUUACAAACAUCGCGGCCACUCCACGCAACCCUGCAAUGACCCCAAAGAGAGCAAGAUAAUGAAUAGAAAGGCUCUGAGAAAGGAGAUUGUAGACAAAUAUGGAGAAGAAUGGGGUAGUGUAGUCAGACACUUCAUACACGGUAAGCUGAGGGCCGAGGAAUACUUCACGAUCGAAGGACUGAGAGACGAACUCGCCGCAUUGCAUCCAAACUUCCCGAUGCACAGAACAACUUUUUACCACUUCCUCAAAGGCAUCGGUUUCACCUACAGGAUCAGCAAAGCACAGCCUUUCAUCUUCGAGCAUCCAAACUUGAUCAAGUGGAGGACCUCCUACCUUGCCGCAAUAGAAGAAGCAAGAGCACGCGGAGAUUGUCUCGUCUAUAUGGACGAGACAUGGGUGUUCGAUUGUAUGAGGAAGAAGAGAGGUUGGGACGAUCGGACAAUUCCUCGCUUUGCCUCUGACGACAUCCUGAGGGAAUACUCCUGCGGGAGAAGUAUCGCCAAAGAUAAGGGCAAGCGCGCAAUCGUCAUCAGCGCUAUCACUGAGGAGGGGAUCGUACCCGGUUCCACGAAAAUCAUCAUAAGUGGUACACGAUCGACCCAGGAAGAUUAUCAUCGUGACAUGAAUCACGAAAUAUAUGAAGAAUGGCUUCGCGAAAGUGUACCGCGCAUGAAGGAGGUCGCGAACGGGCGUUGUCUAUCGUUAGUGAUAGACAACGCCCCUUACCACAGCCGACAGCUGCAAAAGGUAUACGCUUUCCUUUCAAAUAACUUACCGCUAUCAACCUGA